AUGGAUUCCCCACAAUCUGUUGUGUCGCCCUUCAGAAGCUCAAUCUUGGGUGAGGGUGAGAAGCACAAGACUGAUGUUUUUGCGCAAAGCAACAGUUCUUCCUCUAAGGAGAUUGAAGUCAACGGGAAGGAAACUAUCAUGUCAAAUGCUGAUGAAUGUGUUGGAGUGCUUGACGUUUAUAUACAUCAAGCUAGGGACAUUCAGAACAUCUGCAUAUACCAUAAGCAAGAUGUUUAUGCUAAGAUUUGCCUGACGAGUAAUCCUGAGAACGCUGUUUCUACAAAGACUAUUAAUGGAGGUGGAAGGAACCCUGUGUUUAAUGACAAUCUUCGUCUCAAUGUUUGUAACGUUGAUUCGUCUCUUAAAUGUGAGUUAUGGAUGCUGAGCAGGGUGAAGAAUUAUCUCGAAGAUCAGUUGCUUGGUUUUGCUUUGGUGCCAUUGUCUGAAGUGCUUGUUCAGAACGGGAAGUUAGAGAAAGAGUUCUCGCUUUCUUCGACUGAUCUAUUUCAUUCUCCUUCAGGUUUUGUUCAGUUGUCGAUUGCUUAUAAUGGCGCUACGCCUGAUGUUAUGGCGAUAUCGGCAAUGCCUGGUGAGGAGGCCACACGUGCCGCUGCGCAGGACUUGGAAACAUCAGAGUCGUUGGCCAGAGAUUUGGGUAAAAUUGAGUUUCCAGAUCCUAAGAUCGCGAAUGAAGAUCACUUAAUGGUUUCAGAAUAUUUUGGCAUUUCGUGCGAGGAGAGUCAAUGCUCUGAUAGCUUAGCCAAUUCUGAUGCUGACAAUCAUAGUUCUGAAGCCGGUGUUCGUCUCGUGGAAAGCUUCUCAGCAUGCAGCGGUGAAUCUGUGCAAGUGCAACCUCCUAAGGUUGAUUCUCCACCAAGCAGUGUGUCGACAAAUGGGGUUUCUUCUCCUUCUGCACAUGAAAGCUCAGAAUCUUCCGAUGCUGCUGCAGCUUCUAAGUCCCCAGGUGAUGAACAAGUUUCAGGCACCAAAGAGGUACAAAAAGUGGAUGUCAAAGAUGGUGAGAGUGAUUCGUCAAGUGUUGUUCCGAAUGAAUUAUUCCCUAAGCCUAUUGUGACGGUCAACAUAGAACCAGAGCCGACGAUGGUGCAGCAGGAUAUCGUUGAUAUGUACAUGAAAAGUAUGCAGCAAUUUACUGAGUCAUUAGCGAAAAUGAAGCUUCCAAUGGACAUUACAAAUGAACCAACUAAUUCCGGAAAUUCAAGCACUGAGCAGAAGCUACCACAAUCUAAGAAUGCUAACUCCCGUGUCUAUUAUGGGAGCAGAGCUUUCUUCUGA